AUGAGUUUUAUAGAUUAUGGCCAAACGGCCGAAGAUCACCAGUCUCUGCUAGUUCUGGUACGACACACUGGAACACACAUCACCAAUCACACCUUCUUACCAGCCUGGGAGAGAGUUCGAAAAAUAAACUGCAUUCAUGUAGAGGGACAGAAACGUAAUGUGUUUGUACGAUACAAACGCACAUAUCCAGUGGAAAACAAUACAUGGGGAGAUUUCCAAACGCAUCGAAAAGUUCUUGGACUUGUGUCAAUCGGAAAGUGUUCGACGUCUGCUGAAUUCGAGGCCCUUUUUGAAGAUUAUAAAAAAAUGAAGGAGAACUACGCGAACACUAUUUAUAAUUCACGAUUAAUUGUGUUUGGUAUGAACACCGAUGGAACACCAUUUUUGAACGAAAACACCAACUUGAACUCUAUUGUGUUUUAUCCUGAUUUAGACUCGGCAAAAGAUUUGGAAGAGCGUCUACGAGAGUUUGUGACAUCGUUAUUCUAUGUGUUGGAAGGGAAAAGGUUAGACCGAUCGUUUGAAAGAGCUGAUAGGUUACAGCUACUAUGUGCACCCUCCGAAGUUAAAGAUUUUGUUGGUGUAGACACUGACACUAGGAGCUUUAAGAAGAAGUGUACUGGAAGAUUAAGGAAACAUCUAGCUGAUCUGUGUUUACAGGCUGGUAUGCCAGGGGAGGCCAUCUUACAUUACCAAACAGCUAUAGAUCUUCUGCGUAACGUCAACGAUUUUCUCUGGAUUGGAGGAUGUUAUGAAGGAUUAAGUUCGUCAUCUGUGAUCAUGGCUCAUCCUAAAAUCUCUGCUGCUGCCUCCAUUAAGCGUAAUUUAUCUUUUACUGAUAAACGCAUGGCCGCCAUUAAUUUAGACAAAAACAAAGCAGGUAGGACAAACUUUUCUGGGGUGGGUUUUGCUAAUGGUUUAGAUCUUGCUGAUAUACCAAAUGGUCCAGGUUUAAAUCCAGAAGACAUCAUAGAAAAAUAUAGAGAAGCCAUUACACACUAUAGUAAGUUUAAAACUGCUGGUAAAAUUGAAAUGGAAGCAAGUUUAAAAGCUUGUCGAGUUCUCAUUGGUCAACGGAAAUAUCUUCAGGCCUCUGAUUUUCUACAGAAUGUUGUGUACAUUGAUCUUAAAGUUUCUGAAGAAGACAAGAUUCAAAGAUUUGGUACUUUGGCCACGCUCUACACUCAGAUAGGGUUCCAUAGAAAAGCAGGAUUUUUCAAGCGUAUUGCAGGCAUGCAGUGUGUGGCGCCACAGACCUCUGCCUGGCAACAGUGCUACCAAUUAUUACUACAGACCUUACAGGGCUACAAGAUAUUCCUGGAAACGCGAAAUACUCAAACCACAGGCUCAGAUUCGAAUAAAGGCUGGCCCACACUACGUCAUAGAAUUUUAACAGAGUUGGUGUACGCUGCACGGAGAAUGGGAAAUCCUCAGCUAGCUGUCAGACAUAUGUCUUUCCUUUUACACACCAUGUUUGAACAUCUGUCAACAGCCGAACGUCGUGAAGCUGUGACCGGCUUGAUGUCCUUGACCUCUAAAUGCGAGGGGUCAGCACAAUCUAUAGCAUUAGACAAUGGUCAAAUACUACCACCAGUUCCCCUUACCAAAUUCCCUUUAGUCAAAAGUUUUACCAUAAUGAAUCUACCUCCCCAUCUACAGCCAAUAGAAAAAAAUACAGACCCUAAUAAAAAACCUGAUGUCUUUAUAUUUACACCGAUACAACAGACAGACAAGGACAGUAACUCUUUACAGUCGAAAGUCAGUUUUGUGUGGGUGAAAGAUGAAAUUUGUGAAGUUGAACUAUAUGUUGUGAAUCCAUUACCUGAUGAACUUAGAAUAUCGUACAUGGCUUUAUUAACAGAGGGAGUUGAAGUGGAAGUGUUUCCCUCAAACCCUAGCAUCCCAUCAGAAUCCAAAACAUCUUUAGUCAAACUACAAUGUAAGCCUAAAUCUAUAGGAGAUCUCAAAAUUAUAGGUUAUACAACACAUGUAUUAGGUGUAAAUAGUAAAUGUUAUUUAAAGCACCUGCACCAUUUAGAAAAGAAGCCAAUGACCGUGGAGGUGGUACCAGCUCUCCCUCAAGUGACACUCAGAUCUUCCUUACCCAAGGCUGCCAAUUUCUCAUCAUUGGGAGAUGGUUUAAAUGUGGUUGCUAACUCCAGUAUUUCUGUCUUUGCUGGACAAAGCCAGGAAUGUACCAUCAGUUUAGAGAAUGUAGGAAAAAUACCAGUAUCUGGUGUAGCAGUAAGUGUCAAUAGCAAACCAGAGGUCAAAGGUUAG